AUGUAUCAAAUUUCUCUAAAGGCGACGAAGAGCGCUGCAGAACCCACCUCUUCAACCGACGCAUCUCACGACGACCGUCAAGUAGAGCGCGAUUCAUACGACACCGCGAUGCUGCGCUUCAUCAGCGACAUGGAACUGUCCUCAAUGUACGCGGAGAAGACGUCACCAUACCCCAUUCUCAUGCCGAGAAGCUUCCUUGAGGACCUGAAGAAUUUCCAAGAUCUGCUAUUUGUUGCUGUAUCAAACAUCCUGGAUCGAUGGUGGGAGGACAGGGAAGCCGACUUUCCCCGUCGCAUGCCAUUGGAACCUCACGAGGAGAGCGUAUUGAAGCAUUACAAUGAGCGCCCGCUACACUGGAGGCCGGACAUGCUCCUCCCAGCAGCCGGCGAUCCAAACACCAACCUACCUUUCAAAAUUUGCGAGAUCAACGCUCGUUCCCCCUUCAACUCAAUGAUUAAGAGCAUCUGUAUGUUUCAGGCAGCGGCCGCAAGCAAAACAGCCCUCCCCGACGGGUUAGAACUCGCUUCGACUGCGGAUAGCCUGGUGGAUAGUCUGGUCUCGCUGUUCAAUCCGGACCUCCCUCUUCAUGUUAUUUGGCAUGAGGGUAUCACUGACCCCAUCGAUGCGUUCAGUUCCUUCUACAAAAAGCGAACAGGCAAGAUACCGCGAGUAAUUCGCGCGACAGACCUGCGUCUCGCGCCGGAUUCCUCAUCCCCGACGGGUCGGAUUCUGUGCUGCGUUGCCUCCGCCGCGUCCGCAGACCAUUCUAACGGCCAGGCAAUUGUAUCCGAGACAGGCGAACCCCUGGAACGUAUCUACCAGGUCGGACUCCAGAUGUCCCAUCGGGAUUACAGUGAGCUCUCUUCGGAAGUGCUGCAGCAGCUCGCCGUGGACGGAAUCUGCGACCUACGCAACAUCUUCCUGGUCAGCGAUAAACGCAUGCUCGGCGUAAUCUGGCAAGAGCUGGACUCUCUCGUGCACAAGCACCACGUCCUCACGGCUGAGCAGGCCGAGAUCCUCCGACAGGGCAUCGUACAUACCAUUUUGCCCGGCUCCGAGGAUAUGGAACGCCUCUUGCGGCAGACUCGCGAGGGCUCCGUAUCCAAGGAUAGCUAUCUUCUCAAACCUGCCCGUGGACACCGGGGAAUGGGAAUAUUGCUUGGGAAAGACUUGGGGCAGGAGGAGUUUGAGGGUCUCCUCGAGGAGCUGGCGGACCCGUUACUGCCUGCUGACAGGAGAUAUGUUGUGCAGCCUUUUAUUGAGCAGGCACUAUUCGGUUUGAGGCUGUAUGAUGAUAGCGAGCCGCAACAAUGCCAGAUGACGGGGACAUAUCAUGCCAUUGGUGGGUGCUUUGCUGGGUUGGGCGUCUGGAGAGCUGAUAGCGAGAGAAUUUGCUCUCGAUUCCACGGUGCCUUUAGUAUUCCAGCGAUUGUUCCCCGUUAG